CGGCACGAACGGUUAAGCAAUGAUCGUUUUGCUUGGCGGAGUUUAUAUAUCCCCGAUAUGCAGGCACCUGGCAAGCCCCCAAUCACUCGACUGUUCACAGAUUGGGAAGGAUAAAUGCUCACUGCGCCUCCAGAAUGUCAACGUCGGUCAGCAACGGGACAAUUCACAGCCAUCUUCAAUAUUUUUAAUUAUCCAUUCACAAGCGAGUCCCUGCCGAGCCACUCUCUCGUUUUCGUCAAUAUAUAUUCAUUUGUCCUACGGGUAAUGCAGGGUGCCAUUCGUGACCCCCGACAGGGCUGAAGAUGAUGCAUCCUAGAUUAAAUCGUCUAGACUGGGUGAACAUUGGCGAGGCAGCACAAGGGCUAAAUACGAGCUGAUAUCAGGAGCAUGCAUUCUCAUGUAAAGAGUUCAUUUGGGCGGUACACUGCUUGCUGGAUGAAGGCUGAGGAUCAAGUUAAUGUAGGUUCAUUUCAUAUUUAGCCUUCAAUAUGUGGCCAGGCAGUGAGAUGGCCACCCCGCAUGCCUCUUCGGAGGUAUUUCACGGGAGGGAAGGUAAUACCGUUUCUUCCAGAUUGUUUAUCCCCGCUUUCCUUCUUUAAAUAUGUUGUCUCUCCCAUCUUCGAAGGUCUUUGCCGAUCCAUUUCUUAAACAGUUACUCACCUGUCUACUAUCUGUGUAUCAUCGUACCAACCGCGAUAUGGCCAAGCUCUCUCUCCUCCUCCUGGCAGCAGGUCUAAUCAGCACCACCCUCUCCCAAUCCCUCCUCACCAUCUCCCGCACCGCCAUCCUCGACCCCCCCGCAACCUGCACACCCACCCCCACCACCAUCCUCCACACCACAACCUACACCCUCCGCCACGCCACCAUCACCAGCACAGUCACCUCUGUCUCCCAAGCCCCCCACAGCUGCUACACCGCCACCGAAGUAGCCAGCAAGGCAUUCUGCCCGCUCUUCAACUCGGCGACAUGCGGACCGCACCCGGAUUGUAUUGUUUUGAAGACGGAGACGGUGCCGUGUAAGGAUGCGUGUUGUCAGACGACGCCGACGGUGACGGUGGCGAGGUGUCCGACGUGUCAGACGGGGUGUGCGACGGCAGUGGAGACGGUGUCGUGUAAGUAG